AUGGCAACUUCGCUGACAAGCCAGUUGCAAAAUUUGCGCACAUCAGCUGCACGACAUUUAACAGUCGAAAAACGUCACGUCUCUUUGAUCUUCGACAAAAAAGAAGCUGGUAAAUUGACAAAUGAAACCGCACAUCGAAUCGGAGUCGCCGGAUUAGAACAAAUGAAGAGAAUUGAUCCAGUUUUUGAUACUGAAAUUGCUAAUGAUUUGUUCUCCGAAGAAAAAAUCAAUUUUGUCAGAUCAAUGGUUGAAAGUGAAGAAAAUGAGAAGCUGAAUCAAAAGAUCAACAAGCUACUUUUCGAGUUAUCUCCAUAUUUACAACAUUUUGCUUGCCAACAAGUUCUCGAAUAUCUCGUUCACACUUUCCAAAUCUAUUCAUUCAAUGCAGAAAUGCUUAUUUUAACAUUUCUACCAUUCCACGAAACAAAAGUUUAUUCGCGGAUUUUGAGAAUCUUGGAUUUCGAUUGGUCAAGAUCAAAGGAAUGGCAAUUUAUGCAACAAUUCUUGAAAUCAGAAACACCAAUUCCAUUUACUUCGGUCAGUUUAUUUUGAAGAUUUUAUAUCAAACUUGAAUAAAAAUAAGAUAUUUUUAUAGGUUGUGAAAGCUACAAUGUCAAGUUCUCAUUCAAUCAUAACUUGCAUCACUGAUCAUAUCAAAAAAGGUGUCGAAGUUGUUGGAAGCGAUUAUUUAGAAGUUAAACAUCCAAUGUUGUUCAAUUUCCAUGCUAAACUUCUUUUGAAUCUUUUCAAUGAUCCGGAAAAAGUUGAUGAAAUGAUGUUAAGUAAACUCAUGCCAUUUAUCGAAAAUGGUAUCAAAAGUGCAAUGACUUCAUUCCGUUAUUCUGCUCUUAUGCUUAUUUCACAACUUGUUCUAACUGUCAAACUCAAAGAAGACAUUUUGAAUACAUUGGUCAAAUUGUUGAUAACAGUGAGUUCUUUUUUGUUCUGUUUUCAAAAACUAUUUGUCUUUUUGCAGAAAAUUCGUGUUGAAACUGCUCCAAGUUCUGUCGCAACUCUUCUCGUUGUUUUUCAACAACAAAACAUCGAUUCAUUUUCAAAGAAAACUUUGCAAAAAUUGCUUCGAACUGGUGAAGAAAUGGGAUUUUGGAAAAGUUUGAGAGAAUUAUCAACUCGAACUGAUACCACCAAAUUAUAUCUUGUUCUUUGGAAGGAUAUUUUAUCGUUUGUUAGAAAUAGCGAAGAAGAAUCGGAAGAUGUUAAUAUUGCUUUGAAUGUUUUGACGGAGACUACUUCGGAAAUAUCGAUUUUCACUGCAAAUCUUGCACAAGAAUUUUUGAAGUUGGUUUUCGAAGAAGCAAAUAAUCAAGGAAAUUUGAUUGAUAGAAAGAAGUUCAAAGGGAAAUGUUCGAGCAAUUGCUUCGAAGUGAGUGUUUUCUUUUCACACCGUUUCGAAUUUUGAGUAUUUUGUAAAUGGAGAAAGAAAUUGUAGUUCGGACGAGGUCACGUCGAAAAAUUCCACAUUUUUUCAAAUCCACCAUUUUGAGAAAAAUUAUGAAAUUACAUUUUUCAAAAAUUAAAAAUAAUUUUCGCGUGACACGUCUCCCUCGAUUUAUCUUGUCCUUAUUUUCAUAAUUUCAUUUCAGAUUUGUCAAGCAAUUUGAUUCCGUGAGCUCACAAUUUUCGGAUUCUUCCAAUAUUGUCAAACAUUAUUCUCUUGAAAAUAUUGAACAAUUUAAUCAUGAAGAGGAAGAUAUUGAAAUGGAAAAUGCUGUCCCAAUUCCAACCGAAGCCAAACCUCUGAAAAUCUCAGCAUCUGAAAAAGCGACGAAUCUUGCUGGAGCCUCAGAAUUCGCAAAACGUGAAAUAUUUGUUGGAGAUCCGAUUAAUAUGGCACAAAAAUGGUUGAAAGAAGAGAAUUGGUCGAAAAUUGAUUGGGCUUUGACGGAAAUGGCAAAUCGACCAGUUACUUAUUUUAAGAAGAAGACUGAAGAUGAAGUUGAUGGAUUAAUUGUGAAAUUGAUCAAAUUAGCUGGAGUUGAAAAGAAUAAGAAUUUAGAUGUUGGAAAUGUUAAAAAUGCAUUGUCAAAUGUUCGAAUUAGUGUGAGAUUUGUUAAUGAUUUGAUAACAAGAUUUGAUGGAUCAUCUGAAAGUGCACCGAAAAAAGCAAAAGUUGUUGGGGCACCAAGACCAAGUCAUGUUCAAAAAACAUUUGGCGGUGAAAAUGAGUCAAUUGAAAAUUUCGAUCUUCGCUCAACAUUUGCUCUGGAACUUCUCAAUGCUCGAAAUAUUAUUCCAUCAAAUGAAAAAACUCUCCAACUCCUCUUUGAUGUUAUUAAACAAGGAAAUGCGAAAAGCGAUUUGGCUGCCAAUUCUUAUCAACAAAAUUUGGCUGUAAAUGCUGUUAGAAAGAUUUUGGAAGUUUCGCAAAAAGGAAAAAUUGGGUCGAGUGAUAUUGAUAUGGAUUGUGUUAUUGAAACGAUGAGAUCGACACAUAAUCAUCAUUUAUUGAGAGAUUGUUUAAGAUUAAUUGUAGCUGCAGCAAGACAUACACCGGUUAGUUUGAAAAAACUAUUUUUCCAGUGAUCAGACGAUUGAAAACUACUAUGAAUACACCAAAAAACAUCUAUAUUUUUAUUCUCUUUUCAGGCUUCGGUUGUCAAACAUGUAAUGUCAGUUUUCACAUUUAUGGGAAAUGGUUUACUUCGAAAAGACAAUGAAUUAACUCUUUCAAUCGUCGAACAAACUGUUGAAUCACUUUUCAAAACAAUUAUCUCAACAUCUGGUUCUUCGAAACAACAACAAAUCGAGAAAUUAAUCGAUCUUACUCGUCUUUUUGCUGCAAGUGCAACUGAUAUUCCAGCUCAUCGAAGAGCUCGAAUUGCUCAUGCUAUUGCUCGAGCUGUUGGUGCUGAAAAUGCUUCGAUUGUUGUUCUCGUUUUUGUUUCAUCAUUUUGUGCGAGAUGGCAAAGAAGUACGGAUGCAGUUGCACAAGAAGCUGCUAAAAGAGGAAGUGAUCAGGAUGCUUAUGAUGAUUUGGCUAUUGAAUUGUUGGCUGCAUUGAAUCCUUUUGAACAGGUAAGGAUUUUUGUAAAACAAAAUUGUGCUGAUUUCGAAUUGUUUAAUUCAAAAUUAUUGUUGGAUUCUCUAAAAACCCCAAGGUUCUGUUUUUUUCAGCUCUCAAGUGUUCUCGAAAUGGUCGAACACGUUCUUCGCCUCGGCGGCGACAAUGUUCAACCACCAAAAACCACUCAAACCAAAAAAUCGACAGAUGAAUUGAUUUUCGAUCGAUUCAAUCAAACACUUCCACGAAUUCGCCACUUCCGAUAUAUUAUUGUUGUUUUGAUUUCGAGAAUUUUUGGAAAUCGAACACUUAUUGAGAAAUUGGCGGCUUAUGAUGAUGAGGAAUUGUUGAAAAAUGCAUUGCCGCUUGGAAAAAGGUGGGGGAUUUUUUGGGGAAACUGGGGAAUUUUGAAUCGGGAGCGGAAAAGGAAAUUCAAAUUUUUCGAAAAUUAAAAAUGCUCAAAUUUUUAUCGUUUUUGUUUCAAUUUUGAGUUUUCUCAAGACCUGAAAUGUUGAAAAUUUUACUGUUUCAAAGAACUUUCACCCGAAAAAUAAAAGUUUUUUCAUUGCUUCAUGUUUGAAAUACUCGUAUUCAAAAAAUAUACACUUUUGGUAUUUUUUAGACUUAUCGAAUGUUCUGUGGAACUUGAUGAAUUUGCCAACAAAGAAUCAAACAAUCAACAAAACACCGAUGCUCAAACACAAAGAUAUUGGGUUGCAUUUGCAUCGAGAACUGAAGUUGUUUCUGAAAAACUUCGACAUCUUUUGCCUGGCGGAGUUGCUGCUCGACUUAUUGCUGAUGUUCUUCAAGAAUGUAUCAAUCAAAAGAAUAUUCCAUUCAAAAUGUGUGAGAAGGUUUUGCAAUUGGCAAAUAUUAAAUUGGGACAUGAUGGAUAUUUAUUCGCUGAUAGUGGAAUUAAUGAAAAGGAAUUGAUUGUGUUGGCUGAGGCAUUGAAUAGAUUUAUUUUGCCGGAAACAAAGAGCGAAGAGAAAAUGAGAUUAUGCCAAAAUGCGGCUUAUACUUUGAAAUUGAUUGCAAAACAUUUGCCGACUCAAUCAGAAUCGAAAGUUUUGGCAGAAACUAUGCAAAAAUGUGUUAAUAUUGUUCAACAAUAUCAGAAAUUGGAUGAGAAUUUGACUGGAAAUGCAUUGUUAUUGGCUGGAGAAUUAAUUCGAAGUCAUAAUAUGGGUUCGACUAUUCAUCAUGCAAUUAAUUUGUUGAAAACAUGUUUGGCGACGACGCAAGAAUGUAUUGUGAGAUUCUCGAAAAAUUCGCAAUUUGAAUCGCCGGCUUCUUCGAAUACACCUGGAAGAGGAAAUCGGGGACAACGAAUUCGACAACAAUCACUUGGUGGAAAUCGAUUUGGAAGUGAUACACUUCUUGUUAGUUUCUUUUAAAUUUUAAAGUUUGAUUUUAGGGAGAGAAAAUGUCUCAAUUUUUCAGAAAAACAGAGUAUUUUUCAAAUUUCUGAAAAUUAUUUUUUUUCAGAGAAAUCCGUAAUUUGAGAAAUCUUACUGGCACUUUAAGAUUUCCCGAAAAUCAAAAUUUUUCGAAAGAUUUUGACUGAAAAAUGAAAAAUCACAUAUUUUUCUAUGAAUUUCUGAAUUUCUUGAAAAAAAAACGAUUGUUCUCUUCCAACUUUUUUUCAUUCCAGAUUUGUUCUCUCACAUGUAUUCAACGAAUUUUCGAUCAAUUCUCUUCAUUUGUUUGCGAAUAUUCUGGUGACGUCAUAAUUCGAUACUGCCGCCUGAUCGCCAGAUUCGGAGAUCCAACAGAAUUUUUGAAUUUGAAUCAACCAUCUUCGAGUUUUGGAUCAACAAGUGGAUUUGGAAGUAAAUCUGGAAUUCAUCAUAGAUUAUCACUUAUUCGAAGAGCUUUAUUGACAAUUGAAAUUCGUGUUCUUCCUGGAUAUAUUUCAAAAGUUGUUGUGGAAUUGAAAAAUGAAAAGAAAUCAUUAUGCGCUUUGUUUAAUUUGUUGAGCGGAUUUAUUGAGUCACAACAACAAACGAAACCGGAAUUAUUGAGAAAAUCGAUAGUUCAACUGAGAAAUGCUUUCAUGUCGGAUAUUAUUCAACCAUCAUUGGCUUAUCGAAGCUUUGAGAGAAAUGUGGAGCAUUUUGAAAGUGUUGAAAAAUUGGAGAAAUCUAUCUAUAACUUUGUUGUUUCGAUUGCAAGUGUUUUGAGUGAGGUAAGAAUCUGAUGGAUAAAUACAUUGAAGUCAAAUAGUCAAGAAAAAUUUUAUUUUUUAAAACUGUUUUGAAGUUUUGAACGAAAGUUGAACAUUCCAAAUUUUUGAAUUAUUGGAAAAAAAAUGAAAUUUUUAUUUCUCUAGAAAAAAAAUCAAGAAAACAAUUCAAUUUCACAUUUUUCGAUUUGCAGGUCGAAUUCCGUCCAAUCGUGAAUUCUCUCGUUUCGUGGGCCGAAAAUGGUCUCGAAUCAUCAUCUUCUCAAGAGUCCCGUGUUCACCUCAUUUCUCUUCUUCAUUUCGCCAAUUCCCUUUACGAUGCUUUCAAUUCUCUUGCUUUGCCAUAUUUUGGCAGAAUUUUGGAAAUUGCUGUUUUGGUUUUGAAACGAAGCAACGCCACAAUUAUCUCGUCUUCUGAUGAAUUACUUUUGACUGGAAAACGUGGAUCAAUUGAAGCGUUGGAAACUGAUUUCGGAUUGACUUCGGCUAUUGAUUUGAUAUCGAAUGCGGCUAGACAUAAGGAUUUCUUUACCAGGUUAGUGAGGAAUUUGAGCCGGGGUUGUGCAGUUUUGAAUCUGAGUUUGAAAAAAAAACAAUUGAACUUCAAACUUCACUCAACAACCAAUUAGAACUCAUAACUUCGUUUAUCUAAAUGAAAUUUCAAUUUUUUAAUCUUUCUAAUUCACAAAUCAUAAUUUUCUAAAUUCCAGUGAUCGUUGUCAAUUGGUAAGCGAUGUUAUAAUUGAUGAACUUGUCAAUACAAAAGUCGAAGGACACGAAAAACGAUGCUCGGAACAUUUGGUGAUUGCAAUCUAUCGAAUCGGAAAUGCAGAUCCAGACAAUUUCCCAGAUUUGUUGAAUAAAAUGAUGUUGAAAACAAGAGAUAGUCGAGCAAAAAUCCGAUAUCGAACACUUUUGGUUUUGGAAUUAUUGAUUGAUCGAAUUGGAGAUGGUGUACAACCGCAUUUAUCCAUUCUUUUACCAUUUUUGAAUGAACUUAUUGAAGGUGAGGGUUUUGCGGAUAGAAAAAAGUUGAAGAAUUUUUUCGAUUCAUUGUCAGAAAAUUUCAAUUUUUAUGUGGAAUUCAUCCCAAAAUAUUGUUUUUUUCCAGACGAAAAUAAACAAGUCGAAGCUCAAUGUCAAAAAGUCAUCAAUGCACUUCAACACAAAUUCGGAGAAACAUUUUGGAACUCGAAUGCUUGA